AUGGCCCAAGACGUCAGUCUUCCUUACAACGUAUGCGUCUUUACAUCAACCCUCUUCCUCCUCGAGUUUGCCACCGACAAAUUCAUAUCCCACGCCGCAACGUUAGCCUCCCUCAUAAACGUGUCAGAACUCCUCAUUGGAUUGGUUACCGCCGGCGCCGAAUGGGAAGAACUCGCUGUGGUAGUCUCCUCCCUUGGGCAGGGCCGUUCGUCCCUUGCCCUCGGCAAUGUCAUCGGCGCAUCCAUAUCCAAUAUCCUAGGUGCCUUUUCUUUGGGGUUGCUUUGUUCCAGGGAAAUUGAGUUUGAUCGCGGCUCGAGGAUCUACUCUCUGCUGACUCUUGUGCUGACCACGCUCGUUAUUCCCGUGGUGUACUACUCCAGCAGAGUUACGUGGAUUGUCUGCGGCUCCGUCUUGAUCGUCGGGUUCGUUGUCUAUUUCGUCUCUGUAGGUGUCGCGGUCGUCAAGGGCGUCCUUACAGCCCCCGAGGACUCCGACUCGGACGACGACAACGAUGAAGAUGAGGAUGAAGACACUGAACGAACAGCCCUCAUUGGCAACCCUUCGCCAAACCCGCCCCGUCGCUCCGUCGCCCAUCACACUCUCCAACUCGUAUUCGGCAUUGUCGCCCUCGCCCUGUCAGCGUACAUUCUCUCGCACUCCGCAGCGAAUAUCACUACGCAGCUGCACAUGUCUGACAUCUCAUUUGGCGUCGUUGUCCUCUCCAUCGCAACUACGCUUCCUGAGAAAUUGAUUUCCGUCGUGAGUGGAUAUAGAGGCCAUGGCCAGAUACUAGUUGCGAACUGCGCGGGGAGCAACAUCUUCUUGUUGUCGUUGUGCUGCGGUAUCAUAUUGAUAAGUACCGGGGGAGAGCUGGACAGAGGGACAGUGACGAUUGGGGAGCUCGCCGUCCUUUGGGUGUCUACGCUGGCUUUUACCGUGACAGUGUGGUUCAGGGGAAAGGGAGCCAAGGCAGUUGGAGUUGUCAUGAUUUUGGGAUACAUCGCAUUCAUAGUAUUGGAGUAUACCCUCACCCAUCGGAUAGACGUCUAG